AUGGUUGUUAAUCAUGCUGUAUGGUGUGCUGUGCUAGUAGAUCCAGGGAUUGUUGAGGUGCGAACAUCUAAAGCGGGUGGAGGGAAGGUGGAUGAGAUGGGAUUAAGGGAAGUAGAACAGGAGGGAGAAAAGGGGAAGAGGGAGCAGUGGAAGGGUAGAGAGCGGGAGAGGGCGGAUGUGCGGGAGAUAGUGAGGGGGAUGGGAGAGGAGGGCAGUGAUGUGGGUGUGGUGGAUGGGGGGAGUGGGGCGAGCGUGGGGGACGAAUCGGAGGAAGAGGAAGGUGAAGUGAGAGAGAGCCAGGAAGUGGAAGAGGUUGAAGAAGUGAGGGUAGAGAAGGAGGAGAGGGGGCAUCGUGAGCAAGAGGAGAAGGAAGAAGCAGAGGAAAACGAGGAGAGGGGCGAUCGGAAUGAGUGGAGGGAAGAGGAGGAGGGGAAGGGAGAGAUGGGAGAGGAGGGAGAAGAGGGAGAUGAGGGAGAGGAGGUAGAGGGGGGAGAGGAGGAGGAGGAGGAGGAGGAGGGAGAGAAGGAAGAGAAGGGAGAGAAGAGAGGAAACGGAAGUGAGGCAGACAAUAGGCAGGGGAAGCACAGCGAGGCAUCGCACAGGAAGGUGAGGGGGGUGGAGGGGAACUGCCACCAUGCUGGACGGGCAUGCGUGCAGGGAAUGAAGGCAAGUGCACGUGGAGCAAGGCAGGCUGUGUGCCGAGGAGUGAAGGCACCGGGAGGGGAGGAAGAACAAGGGGGAGAUGAGGGAGAGGAGGACAAGGAGGUGAAGUCAAGUGGAGAUGUGGUGGAGGUGGCAAGCACACAUGCCAUCACCCUCAGCAGUAGCAGUGACGACAGUGAUGGGCGCGCGGGGCGUGGGGAGAGUGAGGAGAGUGAGGGGAGUGUGGAGAGUGGGGAGGCAGUGAAGAGCCAAGAGAGCAGGGGAGAACACGGCAGCAGCAGCAGCUCUGAUUCCGAAUCUUGGAGGGAUGAACGGAGAGUGGGGGACGACAGGAGGUGUAGGGUGGUGGAAGGGAGGGAGGCAGAGGGUAGGAGCGGCAGGGAGGAAGGGAGGCAUACGACAAGUCCAAAGGAGAGGUGGAGACGUGAGAAGCGGGGCAAAGGCGUGGCAGCAGGAGGUAUUGGCAGGCGGAGAAAGGUGCAACAGGUGCAGCAGCAGCAGUUGAGGGAGGGAGAGCUCCGGGUUAGGCAGGGAAAGGGAACGCGUGUGCACGCACAAGGAGGGUCGCAGCAGCUUUCGUCGCCUCCUCGAUUCCACUCCCCUUCGCUUGUAUCCUUUGGCAUGCAGUCGCUCUCCCUUCAAUCACCUGUGCCUGUGGUUGUGUCACACGCUGUAUAG